AUGAGUGGAGGUCCUUAUACAUUCUUCAGUAGACCAAUAAUCAUCAAGCAUUGGUCAUCUGAUUUUGACUUGUAUGAAGAGGUUCUUAGGGUCAUACCCCUGUGGAUUAGGUUGCCUAAUUUACCCCUUAACUGCUGGAGUUGUGAUUCACUGAGCAGGAUUGGCAGUUUACUGGGAGUGCCUGUAUGUGCUGAUGACUGUACUACCAAGCAACAAAGAGUAUCAUUUGCAAGACUUCUGGUUGAAAUGGAUGUCACUGGUGAACUUCGAGAACACAUUUGGAUUGAAGAUAUAAGUGGCAAUGUGUUCAAACAGAAGGUUCAGUAUGAUUGGAGACCUACAUACUGUCACCAAUGUCAAAUGCCAGGCCACAAUUGUGAAGCAGUGAACUACACUCACCAUCAACCCACCAGGAAAGAAACACAGAAAGUGAAGAAGGUGUGGGUUCCCAAGAAACAACAACCUGUAGUUGCUGGUGCACCCACACCUGCAUCCACCCCUUUGAACCAACCAGUUGCAGUUACACAUUCUGGUGCUGAUGCAGGAUGGAGGGUUGCUACUAAGAGCACAAGAAAUAGGGGUGUGCCUGUUCCUACUAGCAACACUUUCUGCACUUUGGUUGAAGAUGAUUCUGAUACUCCUAAUACUGAUGAUGAUAUUGAUGGGGAUACUGCUGUGGGACAAGGGGAUGGGAUUGUGCUUCCUCCAGAUCCUUUAUGCUAA